UCAUUUGUCGUUUCCAGGUGAUUGCUGCAGGAAAUUUCAAAAUUUUUCUCUUGAUUCGCAGUGCGGGCCGGGUCAUAGUUCGAGGUCAUCGAUAAAGAGAAUUUAGAAUAAUACAUAUACGGAAUAAGGAUGGCUUUCUCCCGGUUAAUAGGCAGUCGCGCUGCUGCUGCUGGCGUAAGAACCUUAUUGAAACUCAGGAUACAAGAACCUAUAAUUUUACGAGCAACAAUGGCCGACUACAGAAUUGAGAAAGACACUUUUGGUGAACUAAAAGUACCCUCUGACAAAUACUAUGGCGCUCAGACUGUUAGAUCUACCCUUAACUUUCCUAUUGGUGGGGAGUAUGAAAGGAUGCCUUAUCCAGUAAUAACAGCAAUGGGCAUUCUGAAAAAAGCAGCUGCAGAAGUCAACAAGGAAUAUGGACUGGAUCCCAAAAUUGCAGAUGCUAUAUCCAAAGCCUGUGAUGAAGUUAUAUCUGGAAAAUUGUACUGUGAUCAUUUUCCAUUGGUAAUUUGGCAAACUGGUUCUGGCACUCAGACCAACAUGAACACAAAUGAGGUUGUGAGUAACAGAGCCAUAGAAAUCCUUGGUGGUAAACUGGGCUCCAAGGACCCAGUUCACCCAAAUGACCAUGUCAACAAGAGCCAGAGCAGUAACGACACUUUCCCUACAGCCAUGCAUAUUGCUGUUGCUAUGGAAAUUGAGCACUGCCUUAUGCCAGGACUAAAGGCCUUAAGAGAUGGACUAAAGAAGAAACAGGAUGAAUUUAAGGAUAUUAUUAAAAUUGGUAGGACACACACACAAGAUGCAGUGCCCUUGACACUUGGGCAAGAAUUCAGUGGAUAUGUAACACAAAUGGAGUUUGCUAUUGAAAGAGUGCAGGCUACAUUACCACAUCUGAGCUUGUUGGCUUUGGGAGGUACUGCAGUAGGUACCGGACUGAAUACCAGAAAAGGUUUUGCCGAAAAAUGUGCUGCUAAAAUCUCCGAGUUGACCGGGCUGACUUUCUGUAGUGCGCCAAACAAGUUUGAAGCUCUCGCUUGCCACGACGCUAUGGUUGAAGUCUCCGGAGCAUUAAACACUAUUGCCUGUUCUCUUAUGAAGAUUGCCAAUGAUAUCAGAUUUUUGGCAUCAGGACCUCGUUGCGGCUUGGGCGAACUAAUCCUACCAGAAAACGAACCGGGAAGCUCCAUCAUGCCUGGCAAAGUUAACCCGACACAAUGCGAAGCCAUAACGAUGGUGGCGGCCCAAGUGAUGGGAAACCACGUCGCGUGUACCAUUGGCGGCUCGAAUGGACACUUUGAAUUGAACGUUUUCAAACCGAUGAUGGUCGCCAACGUGCUCAGAAGUAUCAGACUGAUCGGGGACAGUUGCACCACCUUUAACAAAAACUGCGUGAUCGGAAUCCAGGCAAACACCGAGAGAAUUAGCAAGUUGUUGCACGAGAGUUUGAUGUUGGUUACCGCAUUGAAUCCGCAUAUUGGUUACGAUAAAGCGGCACAGAUUGCCAAGACGGCCCAUAAAGAGAAGUCUACUCUUAAGGAAACCGCUAUUAAGUUGGGAAUUUUGACUGAGCAACAGUUUAACGAAUGGGUUAAGCCUGAGGAAAUGUUGGGACCCAAGUAAAGAAUCGAAUCUUAGGUAUUUUUUUGGAAUGUAUCGUAUGCAAUAUUGUUAAAUUUGUUUUAAUUUAAUAUAAGUUUUGUUUUUUAAUAUAAA